AUGCAUGAUUUUCGAUCUGCUUUGGAUUAUUGUCAGUUGAAGAGUCUUGAUACAAUGGGUUCAAAUUUUACAUGGAGCAAUUUGAGGGAAGGGGGAGAUUUAAUACAAGAAAGAUUGGAUCGUUUUACCAGUACCAUCGAUUGGCUUGAACAAUAUCCUUGCUGUAAAAUCAGAAAUAUUCCUAUGUCUGUAUCUAACCAUAGUUUUCUGCUUUUGAAUACUAUGGAUAUGGGUUGUUAUGUGUCUAAUCCGGUUCGUUUAUUUAAAUUUGAGGCUAUGUGGGUAGGCACGAGGGGAUGUGAGACAACAAUUGAGAAAACAUGGGAUUUGCAUAAAACAGCUCCUUCAGUUGAGACAUUGAAGCAUUGUGGGUCUGGUUUAAGAGUUUGGAGUCGUUGUCAUUUUGGUAAUAUACGGAGAGAUUUGGAUGCUAAGUGGAGGAAACUUGCUUUACUUCAAGACUCUCCCAUACCUUCCCACCAAGCCAUGUGUAAGGUGAAGAAGGAUAUUAAUUAUUUGCUGGAAAAGGAGGAGUUGAUGUGGAGACAGUGA